UCCCUCUCCCUCUGCCUCUCCGCCCGCACGACUCCACACUCUGUGGAAAAAAACAGUUCAAACGUCCACUGAAUGCUGCGCCAACCGCUUCACCUGCUUCUGACACAGUAGCCUAGAGUAUAUUUAAUAUUUUUGUCGGGGGAGCAGCAUUCAUGAAUUAACCACUAACCCCCCCUCCCCCCCAAAAAAAACCACAUAGCGUUAGUGAAAGAUGAUUUCGCCGUGGGACCGGUGGUACUCGACGAGCUGCUGCCUCUGCUGCCAUGUACGGACGGGCACCAUUAUUCUGGGAAUAUGGUACAUGAUAAUCAACGCGGUGGUCCUACUCAUCUUGUUGUCAGCUCUCUAUGACCCAGUUCAGUACCGCUAUCACCUUACCAGCUCAGAGUUGGGAACUGACAUCGAUGUCAUGGACGAUGCAAAUAUUUGCAUUGCAACUGCAAUAUCCCUUCUCAUGAUUCUUAUAUGCGGCAUGGCAACAUAUGGUGCUUACAAGCAACACGCUGCUUGGAUCAUUCCAUUCUUCUGCUACCAGAUCUUCGACUUUGCCCUUAACACACUGGUGGCCAUUAGUGUGGUGGUUUAUCCCAACACGGUGCAGGACUACCUUCAGCAGCUGCCGGGGACAUUCCCUUACAAGGAGGACAUCAUGUCCACAAACAAUGUGUGCCUAGUCUUUGCAGUCCUGCUCUUCAUUGGCUGCAUCCUCUCCUUCAAGGCCUACCUGAUUGGCUGUGUGUGGAACUGCUACAGAUACGUGAGCGGCAGAGGCACCACAGAAGUCCUGGUUUAUGUCACAACAAACGACACGACGGUCCUGCUGCCGCCGUACGAGGAAGCAGUGACCAUCCCGCCGAAGGACCCCCCUCCUCAGUACACUCAGUACAUGGAGGCAUGAGAGAUGACCUUGCUGCUGAAUUAGACACCCAAACAAACACAACAGUAGGAUCCCAACUCAGGCUGCAGUAACAAGUCAAGGCCAUGUAUUUUUUUCUAGAUGCCAGUUUCAGCCUGGAUUCCUGUGAAGUUUAGAUUAGAUGAAACUGACCUUGACGUUACUUUGCUACUUCCUCCUGCCCCCACCCCCAGUUUGUUGUGACGCAUCGUCUCCUCCAAGGACAGCGCGACCGUUCCCACCAGCGCUCCCUGCAGGCAGCUGCUCUUCCCUGGAAGCAUCUGAACUCUUGGCACUGCCAGAACGCUCUGACCCAACUUUAUUUAAACUCCCCCUUUUUUUUCUCUCUAUCUUUUUCUUCUCCCGCUUAAAUUAAAAGCUGCACCCGUUUGGCCACCAACUGUUAAGCCCCGAUACUGUGAAUCAAACCCUGGUGUCUUUGAAUAGAGACCUACUACGUGACAAUGGAUGAGAGACAAAGAAGGGUGUGAAAGAAAAACAAAUGUUAUCAGUAAAAUAGCACUUUAAAAAAAAAAAAAAACAAGUAGUUUGCAAAUUUUCUUCCAAUGAAUGUAAUGUCAGGGUAUUUUUGUAUGACUUUUUGUAUUGCGUUGGAAACCGAUGGGGGGAAACAUGAGAAGUGUCGCCUGUUCUAACUGGAAUAUUAACUUGUGUCACUCAUCCUGUGGGAAGGUAUGCAGAAAAAACAACACCUGGACCGAAAAAAAAGAACAAAAAACAACAAGAAAAAAAUGUCUUCUGUGCGUUUACCCAUCGACUACCAGUGGAACCCUCAUCCAAGCCACUGGUUUCUGUCCCAGUAUUCCAGUUUGCCUUCCGGUCUUUUCCUUGAUCUAACAUGGUGUAACGCCUGGAUGCGAGAGCCGUUUACAGUCCGACCCCUUGCAGAUCCACAACCGAACAGGGAGCAAGACAGGAACUAAAGUGAGCACAUGAGGUGAAACGUUGUCUUUCCAUUGAAGCGUUGGGGAUGAUUCUGAAUUAAAAGUCCUUAUUUUAUCUUGUAAAAUAUCAUAUUUUUAAAAAUGUUACAUUUUGGAGAUUUAUUAGUUAUAACCCAGUCAUUAAAAUGAGCAGAAAUAAACAUUUAAAAUCACCCAGAAGUUUGACUUUUUGAAUCCAAUUCCUGCGUUUUCACUUUUCGGUGAUGUUCUGAUGCGUUGACAUGCACCUGUAUCACACAGGCUACGCAACUGUUCAGUCUCAUUCUACUCCGUUUCAUACUUGAAUCCUGGUCUUAUUAAUCUCCUCCCGCCAUCUUUAAUCAUGUUUCUAAUCUUCCCCACGCCUCUGCUAAUCCUACAGUAGUCAGACUGUAAACGCACUUUAAAGUCAGCUUCAGGCCGCUGGAAACUGAUGUAUGUGUUUUUGGCUCAUCUUGACCUGACUGUGCUGUAGCUAAGCGUCUCCUGAUGUGAUCCGGUUUUCCAAACUGUACCAACUGACGGUUAGAUGUGUCAUAAAUCCAUGUUUGCGUCGUGUGAAAGUAGCAGAACCGACAGACUUUCAGAUGUACGUGAACCACUUUUGUCUCUGAGGCUAACGGAUGGAUGGAUUUAUCCUGUCAGGACUUCUGCCUCCCCUUUUGUUGGAUCUGCAUGAGCUCAUGUUUUCAAUUAUAAACAAUAAAACUUUAAAUUAA